CACCAUUUGAUGUGGAUACUUCCUGAGCACCCUCAUCUAGUGACACUUUCAGUAAAACUGAAAUGGUUAACAGCAGUGUUAAAUAUCUUUAAGCUAUUGAUCUUAGUGGAUUGCAUAACACUUAACCCAGCAGCAAGUUGUGUACUAAGUAGUUUCAAUUUCGUACUUGUUAAGACAUUUAUACUAUCGUCUGAUGACAAUAACCGCUAAUUAUUCUAUAACAUGAAGAUACAAUCUCGUGACUAUGAAAUUGGACGUUCUAUGGAUCUUUAGCGGUUAACUCGCAGUUGGACGUUUCAAUUUAGUGAAGACAUUUGUUCCUCCUGUUUGUCUACCAAAAUAAAGCCGUUGACGUUUAUUUAUCAACAACCAAUGUUCGCUGAAUAUUUAUUUAGCUGUUUGAAGGCUUAAUGACUCCAGACUAAAGGUUCACAGUCGUUUGGUAAACUAUGCAUCGAGUUUCGGAUGUUCCAGUUAUUCUGUUUAAUCCAUACUUGACGUGCAAUCUGUGCCGAGGCUAUUUAAUCGAUGCCACAACAAUUGUUGAAUGUUUGCACUCUUUCUGCCGCAGUUGUAUCUUGACUUAUCUCAAACUGAACACAACAUGUCCGGUCUGCGCGACACUUUUGCAUAAAACCAAACCACAUUGUGCAAUUCGGCCUGAUCGUGCACUACAGUCUAUCGUUUAUAAGCUUAUACCGAAUUUAUUUGAAAAGGAAAUGCUAUGUAGAAGAAAAUUUUAUGAAGCUCAUCCUUCAUGUUACACCCGAUCUUUAAGUCCUGAAAAACGUGGUGAUUUAACCCUGAAUACUUAUGUACUUCAAGAAGAAGAUCGUCUAAGCGUUGAACUUCGGUACUGGAAUCAAAACGAACAUAAGAAUAAUGGUUGCUCAAGUAAAGCUUCUAGUCAAACAGAUUCAAUCAGCCCGAUACUGCCUGUUAUCCCCCCUACAUUUUUACUUUGUCCACCUGAACUUACAGUGGGACAUAUUGAAAAGCUGAUUCGAAUGAAGUUCAAUCUAAAACCUAGUGAGCAUGAGGUUUCUGUUUUUUUUUCAGUCGACGAUCUUUUUAAUUCUAACUAUACACUAUCAGAUCUUGCCUGCUUGUAUGCGUGGCGUCGCCAACAGCCUUUUAAAUUAUAUUUUACAAUAAAAGAAACAUCGAGGCAUGGAUUUUCUGUGGUCAUGGAAUCCCAACCUCCGUCCACAUCGAGUAACUUAACUCGUAGUAUUUUAGAAAAAUCUAAAAUAUGUCCCCAGAGUAAUCAUUCAUCUUGGUCUGUAAAAUCCAAAUCCAGAAAUUUCCCUACAAGUUCCCUUCGUAAACGAAAUGUGAGUAACUCUGAUGAUGAGAUGGAGGCUACUCCAUUUGAAGUCUCUGCGCCAAACUCAAAAAUCUCAUCACAAUCAUUCUGCAAAAUAUCACUUCCAACGCAGUUCAUAAAAUCUAUAAGCUUAUCAUCUCCUAUGCUCAAUACUUCAAGUUCUGUUUGUUCUUCGCUUGCCUAAAAUCUAACUUACGUCCUAAUAUUCCAUAACUAACCAUUCGGAUUUAUGCCUCUGAUGGUGCUUUAUACUUCUGAGUCUGAUUUUUCGGGUAUAUUAUUGAAAUUUUAUUUAUUCACAUGGUUUUUUGUUCCUUGCUUUGUAAAGUCUCGUCAAAAUCUGGAAGAAUAUUCCAUUUUUUCUCCUAGUUUUGUACUAGGGAUAUUGUAAAUUGUACAUUUAUUUUUCUUUUUAUCAUUGUCAAUUACAGGCCAUUUUUCUACUUCCUACCAUAAAAAGACAAUUAGUUUUCCGGUUUUUUAAACUUGAUACUGUUCUAAAAUAAUUCCUUUGACGUUUCAGAUUCUUUUUCUGGUCUUUUUUCACUGUUGUUUUAUAGUAUAUGCAUUGUUGGUCCCUUUUCAGUGUGAUACAAAUUGUGCGGUUCAUGGUUUGCUGAAUUUAUAAAGCUUUAUUGAAAUAAAUGUGGUGACCGUCUAUUUAA